AUGUUCUUCAUCUCAGAGAAGGGAUUCCCGAGCAACAUCCAGGAUUGCCUGUUCAUGUACGGCCGGGGAUCCUCGCCAGUGGUUCUUUGUGUCGCGGGCAACAUCAUCCAGAACUCAGAACAGAGGUCGAACCCGCUGCUGAGCUCCGGAGCCAAUGCUGCCCGGCAGCUCUUCUGGGAGCCCAACAAGGUUAAGGCCGCCGUGGUCACUUGCGGUGGGCUUUGCCCCGGUCUGAACUCCAUCAUUCGCGGCGUGACGAAGUGCCUGUGGAAUGAGUACGGGGUUCGCGAGAUUCUGGGGAUCACCGCCGGCUACAAUGGCCUCAGUGAUCCGGAGACCCAUCCUCCCGUGAAGCUCACGGAGGAGAUGGUUCGCGACAUCCACAUGAAGGGCGGAAGCAUCAUCAAAGCCGCAAGGGGUGGUUUCGACGCCGAGAAGAUCUGUGACAACUUGCAGCGGCUCGGCAUCACCGUCCUCUUCUUGGUGGGCGGUGAUGGUACCCAGUUUGCAGGGAACUUGCUAUACGAGGCAGCUCGAAAGCGAAGGCUUGCAGUGAGCAUUGUGGGCAUUCCGAAGUCGAUCGACAACGAUGUGCUGCUCUUUGACCGGACCUUCGGAUUCGACACCGCGGUUGCCAAGGCAUCAGAAGUGAUCCGGAAUGCCUUGGUGGAAGCCAGCAGCUGCGACCGAGGUGUGGGGAUUGUCAAGCUCAUGGGUCGAGAUUCUGGCUUCGUCGCCAUGCACGCAGCCACUGCCGCAGAUGUCGUGGACCUUUGCAUGAUCCCGGAGGUGAAGGUGGAUAUGAAAGAUGUCAUCGAGCAUGUCGAUGCGACUCUGGCCAAGAAGAAGUACAUGGUGAUUGCAGUCGCAGAGGGUGCCGGGCAAGAGCUUGUAUCCACUGGGAAGCAAGACGACACUGGGCACACGGUCUAUGGCGACAUCGGUGUAUUCCUGAAGGACACCCUCAACAAGCAUUUGAAAGCUUCUGGGGGCCGCACCUUCUACAUUGACCCCUCGUACAUAAUUCGAUCAGUGCCCAUCACUCCGAACGAUCACAUCUACUGCGUUCGCUUGGCCAACGACGCGGUGCACACGGCCAUGCGAGGAUACACCGGGGUUUGUGUCGGAGCGAUGCACAACGUGGUGUGCAUGCUUCCUGCGAGGCUCAUCGCAGGCGGCAAGAAGAAGGUCCGACCGUACAGCAGCUCCUGGCAGGGUUGCGUCCAGACGUGCAAUAUGCCGGCUGCACUCUCGGGGCUCGGCGUUUGA